CGAGCAUCAAGUCUGGUCAGAAGUGAGAAUGCAGGUAAACUAUAUGGACCAGAGCACCACCGUGGAUCAGAGCCAAGCACGUUGUCCGACCUAAUAGAAGGAACAAUAACGUUGCUAUAGACCACUGGACCACAGCGCGUGGUCACUUACAAUGCAUCCACACUGCUGUGGAUGACGCUGCAAUUUAUAAGGCAAGUAUAAAAUAUCAAAGGUAGGACUCCUUCAAUCCAGCUUCGCAUCUUACUCGCCUGUCAUGGACUCUAUUUCCAAAUUUCCGUUUACCAACCUUCCAACUGAACUUGCCUGCCGCAUCCUCAGAUAUUCUGCACAAGCUACCUUUGAUCAGACUGACAGAUAUCAGGUCAAAAGUCCAUACUCCUCCGCACGCGCACUUUGUCUCGUCUCCAAAGAUGUCAGGCGCAUUGUGCUUCCCGAACUCCUACACACCAUCUUGCUGCCGAAAUCAGAAAACCUAAACAGGUUUGUCGAUGCUCUACGUAUGCAGGAAGAGUACGCGGAGAUCCAAAAACAAAACGACCUUCGUUUGAAGCGCGGGGAGGAACAAAUACCAAACGACCUCUAUUUCCAGUAUGCGCCUCACAUACACAAGAUAUGGAUUGGGUGCAUUGACAACAACAUCGUACCCAAUCACUUGCUCCAAUCAGACUAUGCAUCGGCGCGCAAGCUGACCAUCAGCGUCCUGACUCCAGUGCUGCUCGCUGCGCCGUCCAUUGCCCUUGGUUCGACAAGUCUGAAGCUUUUUUCAGAAUGCCUGGAACACGCAUGGAAGUCCCGUGCAGACACAAAUGCCAACGACGAACAUUCCCCCCCUCCUUGGAAGACACAAGCUCUGACGCUGUCGGGUGAGACAGUCGCCAACGGCCCAUGGGAGCUCCUCACGAACACCCCUCAAGGAUCCGCUUUCCUUUCCUCGAUCUCUCACCUCACCUACGGGUCCCACACAACCACAUUCGACUACAGCUUUUUUGUAGCCAUGUCUUAUGGCAGAUCUCGAAACUACGACCUACCUCUGUGGAUGAAGAGCUUGCUAUGGCCUUCUUUCAAGAACCUUCAAACUUUCUCAAUGGCCUACCCACAUAUCAAACCCCCUUUCGAUAUCUAUGACUUCAAUCAGUUCAGAGAGGGAAGAAAGGGAAGAAGCUUUCACGUGGAGCUGUUGACGUUAUCUGCAGCCAUGCUGCGCCGCAGCGAUGAUGCCCGUGAUUGGAGGAUAAAUGCGUUUGCUGAGAUUGGUCCAGGAGAGGAAUGUAUUCGAACGGAAGAAGUUCGGUUGAAGGUGUCCCAUUUUCCCAUAGAAUUUUGGUAUGAUUUUGAUGAUUGGGAAAAAAUUUGGGCGUGCGGGUUAUGCGGCUGACGAGGGGUAUUAUGAAGCAGAUGAGGGAUAUCAAGAUAUGAUUUGUGUUGUAUGUAUGUACAUGAUUGUGAUACUCGAUGGACUUGGUCGUCUUGCGAAUGAUUCAAAAGAGGGACUUGAUUAUGGAUCAAACA